GAAAUAUGUGGCGACUACUCCUGUCUCCUGUUCGACUCCCAAUAGAGAAAUGAAUCCAAACAUUCACUAAACAAAGCAAAUUUAGGGGACCUGUCUGAAGAUUUUGGAGUGUGCUUUCAGUGGAGAUGUCUCUGUCAAAACAGAAUCUGUUGUUGAGCUGUAGCCAAACUUAACCAAUCUACACAUAUCUCUCUCUGCAAAUGCAUUUAUAAUAAACAUACAACUUGAACAAUCAAAUUGCAUGACUAACUGCAAAAAAGGAAAAGAAUAAAAAAACAUGGCAUACCAUAACAGUGAAGAAGAAAACCAGAUGUGGGAGGGAAUCAAUUGCAUUGAAAAGCAGUCAAGCUGAGACAUGAAUAGAAAUAGAAAAGGAAAUGUGGGCAUUGAUUGACUGCUGUAUGUAGUAUGCAUUGUAGAUUUGGUUGAUGCCACAGAUGGGUACUGUGGGGGUGCUUUUUGGCACACGAUUGGAGAGAUGGACAAAGAUGACUAAAGGACAAUCGUGAUGGAUGCCGGGAAAAAAUGAAUAUGAGAAAUAAGAAUGAAUGAAUGCAGAAGAUACGUGGGCAAAAUCAUCAUUUUGGGGAGCUUUUGUCCUGAAAAAAUGAGGGAUUGGAACCUGCACGCCAAGUGCUGGACAAAAUUAGCAUAAGACAGUCGCGAUGAAUGCCGCAAAUGUCUCGCUAAAAUCAAAGAAAGAAGAACAAAAGAAAGAGAGAGAAGCAAAAGGGAGAGGAGAAGAAUCUCAUGUGUUUUUCUCAGAGCUCUAAUACAUUUUGUCUAUUCUGUAGAACCUUUCCUUCCCUCUUCCUGGGGAAGCGCCCCAUUUUCUUUUACAUUUCUUGUUGUUUUCGGAUGCCCUUUUUCCUAUCCCCUGCACAGACCCGAAAAAAGGCUUGUUAAGAUUCAGUAAUGGGUGUUUUGGUGGUUUACUUUGGGUUGUGUUUUGUUGUCCGUUAAAGGAAAUUGAGGGAAAUUGUAACUGUAUUGGGUAUGGACAGAUGGCAAAGAAGUGGUAAAUGAUGAUCUGGGUAAUGAUGUUUCGGAUGAGUGUUCAGACAUUAUUUGCGAGUUACAUUUGACACAUGGUUGCCUUCAAGGUGUUGAGUGGAAGCAUGUUGGGAACUCACCCGUUUGUUUUUGUUUAGUCUAACAUGAUUUUUGGGCACAAGCGUUGUCGUGUAAGAUGGUCUAUGAACUUGUCAGGAGACACUCCCAAAAUAGCCCAAAAUAGGUUCUUGAGUCUUGUAUGUACGUUGGUUCCUAUGGAGAAGAAGAAGAACCAUUUUUACCGUCACCUACUCCUACAAAUUCAUGUUUUUACUUGACUUUAAUCUUGUUAAUAAUGUGCGUUUUCUUUUGGUUUGCUGCAUGUGGGCCUUGCUGAUCUUGUUGGCUUCUCUUCUUUUGGUGUUAAUUUUUUGUUUGGGUUCAGAAUGGUUAUGAGCUCUGCAAACAACUCUGCAAGCUUGGAGUCAGUUAUGAAUACAGUUGAAAAUGAGAAGUCCCCACGUUUGAACCACCAACUUCCGUCUCAGAAUUCAAGAGCCCUGGUUGAGGCAAACGGCGAUGCUGAUGAUGACAAUGAUAACCAGCCUGAUAUUGCACUGGAUUUGAGUCUUGGGAUCGGGGGUAGCUGUUAUGAUGGGGGCCAGGGUGGGCUAGGUGAAGACUUUGAUCUCAUGAAAAGUGGAGAGAAUGUCCCCAAGGAAGGGGCAUGUGGAGGAGCAGGUGGUGAGGCUUCCAAAACAGUUGGUGAGAGUACAGGCUCUGCUCAAGGUGGGUCUUCGGAAGCUCGUAUUUACCCAUGUUUGUUCUGUUCUAGGAAGUUCUACAGUUCUCAGGCAUUGGGAGGGCAUCAAAAUGCUCAUAAGAAGGAAAGGACAGCUGCAAGGAGGGCUCAGAGAUCGCAUAUGAAUAUUCAACAGAGGUUCUGCAGCUUAGCACCUUCACCGCCAAUCUUUGCUCCUGAAUUUGCCCCAAAUUCCAGCAUUUUGAAUAGGUGUCUCUGUAUAAGGGCCCAUUCUGCAACCAUUCAAGGAGGAGUAGGAGGGGCACUUGGAGGAGUGGGUGGAGGUGGAGGAGGAGGAAAGGCAAUAGAUGGAUGGGUUCGCCCUCUUGUUGGGAAUCAGCCCAAUGUAGGUAGAUAUUUUCCCCCUGACCUCUCGGAAAAAGUUGAUUGCAGGGGAGGAGCUCCCUAUGGCUUUAACAUAGGCUUUGGCUUCCCUGAGGAGGAAAUGGGUUUUGUGAAAUGGCCCGGUAGCUUCCGUCACGCGGUGGAACCAAGGGCUGAUGGCUCGGGUUCUCAGAAAAGGGUCCGAAGUGGGGAUGCCCAUUUCUCUGAGACAGGGAUCAAAUGGUACCCCAUUGCAAAUCAGAUCUGGCAAUUCACUGAACAUAUCCUUCUUUUUGGUGUUAUUAGAACGUGGAUGGAUUAUCAUCCGAUGCUGAUAUGAUAUGGUCUUUUGAAGUUUGUUGAUCUGAAUUUAUUCACUAUGUUAUCCAUUUAUAAUUCACUGCAGAUCAUAUACAAAUUAUAAACCUUCUGAUAUUUAUCUCACACUUCUUAUGUUGUUUAUUUUCUGCUAGCUGGUAGAACAAG